UACCGUUUGUUUUUAAUUAGUCGACGACAAUUUUAAAUUUUACCAAAAUGGAGAUGACCGAGGAAGCGUUGAACAAUGAGCGACUGCAGGCGGCGGCUCGUUUUAAGGCUUUCAUGAUGAAGAACAGCACUAAAACAAACUUCAAUCUCUAUGACCACCUUGUACGACUGUUAACCAAAGUUAUGGAUGAGCGUCCAGAGAAUGCUGUCGAUGUGAUCGAGGACAUGAGUCGCGAGCUGAAAGGAAGUAUCCUUCAGGAGAAGCAGGACACCUUGCGUGACAAUCCAUCCUCAUCCUCAGCUCUGUUGCUGGCUGAGCAGCAGAAGACACUCUUCAAACGUGCGGCAGGCGGGGAAGGUGAUCACGAGGAAGAGCUUGUGGAUUCUCCUCUACCGAAUGUUGCAGAACUGGCGUUCUUCUUUGAGCAAGCUGGUGUGGGUCUGGGGAAAGAGGAGAUGCAGAGAAUCUUUCUGGCUUUAAAACAACUGGUGGACACACAGUGUCUCCAGCGCUGUCGAAUCUGGGGCAAGAUCCUCGGCACACAGAGCAACUACCUGGUGGCUGAGGGGGAAUUCAGAGAGGGUGAAGGGGAGGAGGAGGAGAGCACAGAACCAUCAAAUGAGGAUGAGGAGAGAGAGGAAGAGUCAAAGGAGGACAAGGAUGAAGCAGAGCUUGUAGAAGCGGCUGAUCCACCCCCUAAAUCAACUUACAAGCCACCUCCGCCAGUGCCAAAGGAAGAAAAUCACACUGGCGUCAAUAAAUUCACUUAUUUUGUGUGUCAAGAGCCCGGCAUGCCGUGGGUCAGACUGCCGGUGGUCACCCCCGCUCAGAUCACAGCAGCACGGCAGAUCCGCAGCCUCUUCUCAGGCAGGCUUGAUGCUCCUGUUGUAAGUUUCCCUCCCUUUCCUGGCAAUGAGGCCAACUACCUGCGUGCCCAGAUCGCACGGAUCUCAGCCGGCACGCACGUCAGCCCUCUGGGAUUCUACCAGUUUGGGGAGGAUGAAGGAGAGGAUGAAGGACUGCGAGACAGCUUUGAGGAGAAUCCUAACUUUGAGGGCAUUCAUGUAAAUGAGAUGGCUGAGUCUCUGAAUCUAUGGGUCCAUCAUGUACAGCACAUACUUACACAGGGCCGCUGUGUGUGGGUAAACAUAACUAAGAAGUCAGCGGAUGACGUUGAUGAAGAUGCCGAGGAGGAAGAGAAGGAGGAAGAACCUGACGAGCCGGAGCCUGAGAUUGGCCCUCCUCUUCUGACGCCUCUGUCUGAGGAUGCAAAGAUUCAUGACACCCCACCUUGGAGCUCCAUGAUCUCCUCCUACCUCAUUCCUCAGUUUUCCAUCGCUGUGCUGCGCUCCAACCUCUGGCCUGGAGCUUAUGCUUAUGCAAGUGGCAAGAAUUUUGGAAACAUAUACAUCGGUUGGGGGUUGAAAUAUAUCGGAGAGGCCUACACCCCAAUAAUGCUUCCACCGCCCCACAGCGAAUACCCCAGCGGACCCGAAAUCACAGAGGCCCAGGACCCCAGCGUGGAGGAAGAGCAGGCUUUGCAAGCAGCCCUGGAGGAGCAGACGGCGGCCCUGGAAGAGACAGAGGAUCUGGAAGAUGAGGAGGAGGAUGAUGAUGGUUAAAAUGGAGGUGUGACUCUGAAAUGGACAAAAAUAAACCUGGAGUUUGUUCA